CAAUUCUCAAACAAAUUUGUGAUCUAAGGAGGUUUCUCUUUUGACUCGCUUGUAAUUUUGACCGAUGAUUUCGAUUUUGAUUUGGCUUCUUACUCAAUCAAACCAAUCUUCUAUAAAUUAAAUUAGCCGAGGUCUGUGAAGCUUAAUCCGGACCAACAAUGGCGGAGAGAAUAAUGAGAGAGAAAGCUCACUGCUUGGUGUUGCCGCUGCCAUUGCAAGGCCACAUCAACCCGAUGCUUCAAUUCUCCAAGCGCUUGCAGAGUAAAGGCGCCAAAGUCACGCUCGUCACCACCCGCUUCAUCUUCAACAAAACCAUGAACCAGGCCGCCGCCGGCCGCCCCUUCAGCUCCCUCGCCGUCGAUACCAUUUCCGACGGCUUCGACGACGGUGGCCUGGCACAGGCAGGAUCGCCCACCGAAUACUUUUAUCGUUUUCAGCAGGUCGGAUCGGAGACACUGGCGGAGCUCGUGGAGAAGUGCCGGAGCUCCGGCAGCCCGGUGGAUUGUAUCGUCUACGAUCCCUUCUUAACUUGGGCUCUGGAGGUGGCCGGGAAUUUGGGGCUGGUGGCAGGUGCCUUUUUCACUCAAUCUUGCGCCGUGGAUAGUGUAUAUUUCCAUGUUCACAACGGAAAAUUGAAGCUUCCGGUUCCAGCUGGGUCGGAGAUUUUUCUUCCGGGGCUGCCAGCUCUUCAAGUUUCCGACUUGCCGUCAUUUGUUGCCGAUCCUGAAUCGCGUCCUCUUGCUCUGGAAGUGGCGGUUAAUCAGUUCUCCGGUCUCGCCGGAAAACCAGAGUGGCUGCUCUGUAAUACGUUCCAUAAGCUGGAGGAGGAGGUCGUAGAUUCGAUGUCGAAGAUGAUGCCACUGAGAACAAUUGGACCAACCGUGCCAUCCAUGUACUUGGACAAGCAACUGCAAGAAGACACAGACUAUGGGCUCAGCCUCUUCAAGCCCAACACCGACGCCUGCAUGAAAUGGCUGGACGAGAGGCCAAACGGGUCCGUUGUCUACGCGUCCUUCGGCAGCAUGGCAGUGCCGGGAGCCGAGCAGAUGGAAGAAGUAGCAUUGGGGUUGAAGGCCAGCAAGAGCCACUUCUUGUGGGUGGUGAGGGCCACAGAACAGGCCAAGCUUCCUGGCAAGUUCGUGGAGGAGACGUCGGAGAUGGGGCUGGUGGUUUCAUGGUGCCCCCAGCUGGAAGUUCUGGCUCACAGGGCGGUAGGGUGUUUCGUGACGCAUUGCGGGUGGAACUCGACGCUGGAGGCGCUGAGCUUGGGGGUGCCGAUGGUGGCGGUGCCGCAGUGGUCGGAUCAGCCCACUAAUGCCAAGUGUGUGAUGGAUUUGUGGGGGGUGGGGCUGAGAGCUCAGCCUGAUGAGAACGGGGUGGUGAGAAGAGGAGAGAUAGAGAGGUGCAUAAGGGAAGUCAUGGAGGGGGAGACGGGGAAAGAGGCUAGAAGGAAUGCUGCGAAGUGGAGGGAAUUGGCCAUAGAAGCUGUUGGUGAAGGCGGAAGCUCUGAUAGAAACAUAGAAGAGUUCGUGUCCAGUUUGGUUUGCUAGCCUGAUAAAUGCCAUUGCUGUGACAAGUAUUGCUUGUUACAAUAUGUAUUUGUAAUUUUUUUAUUUUUAUUUUGAGGCUUCUUUUUCAAUGACUUUUCUUAGGGUUACCAAGGCUAGGAAACUAAUUACCGAUAUGGAAUAUAUUAUGAAAUUUGUUCAAAAAAAUUCUUGAAAACA